CCAUCAAUUGAACCAUCCUCUAAAUAUCUUUCUCUUUCUCUGAAACGAAAGCUGUCUUAGUCCACGAUGGCCGUAACCGCCACUACAAACGACGGCGUUUCAAUCGUCGCCGAUAAGAUCUCUUACGAUGUGGUUGAAAGGGAUGUUGAGAUCAUCACUUCCGGCCGCCGUCGGAUUCCGGCACACUCCGGCGUCCUCGCUUCUGCUUCACCGGUACUUGCGAACAUCAUAGAGAAGCCGAGGAAAAACCUCGGCGGAUCAUCAAAGAGAGUCAUUAAGAUUCUCGGUGUUCCAUGCGACGCCGUUUCAGUCUUCCUCAGAUUCCUCUAUUCUCCCAGUCUGACGGAGAAGGAGAUGGAGAAAUACGGAAUCCAUCUACUGGCUCUAUCACACGUUUACAUGGUGACUCAGUUGAAGCGACGGUGCACCAAAGGCGUCGGCGAGAUAGUAACGGCGGAGAACGUCGUCGAUGUUCUACAGCUGGCUCGGCUCUGCGACGCACCUGACCUCUGUCUCAAGUGUAUGCGUUUGAUUCAGUCCAAGUUCAAGAUCGUUGAGCAGACCGAAGGAUGGAAGUUUCUUCAAGAACACGAUCCUUUUCUCGAACUCGACAUCCUCCAAUUCAUCGACGAGGCUGAAUCGAGAAAGAAAAGAAGACGGAGACACAGACGAGAACAGAAUCUGUACACGCAACUGAGUGAAGCCAUGGAAUGUAUCGAACACAUAUGCACCGAAGGUUGUGCAUUGGUGGGACCAUCGUCCAACGUAGACAACAACAAGGCAACAUCUCAAGUAAAACCUGGUCCGUGCAGUGCGUUCUCGACUUGUUAUGGACUCCAACUUCUGAUUCGUCACUUUGCAGUCUGCAAGAAACGAGUCGAUGGCAAAGGUUGUCUUCGUUGCAAGAGAAUGAUUCAACUACUCAGACUCCAUUCUUCCAUCUGCGACCAAUCUGAAUCUUGCCGUGUCCCACUUUGCAGGCAAUUUAAGAAAAGAGGAGAAAAGGACAAGAAAAUGGUCGAGGACACGAAGUGGAAGGUUUUGGUGAGGAGAGUUGCGUCUGCGAAAGCCAUGUCUUCGUUGUCUCAAUCAAAGAAGAAGAAAAGUGGAGUGUUGUUAAAAGAAGACGCAGAAGAUUUCAUCAGAAUCCGAAAGAAGUUAAUGUGAUGAUUAGAAUUUCAUUUUUUCUUCUUCUUGGUAGAUUAUAUAAUGAGCGAUUGUUAGAAGCCAUUAUUAGAGUCGGAAGUUAUAUUUAUUUGUAAUUUGUCUCUCAGACCGGUUGAUUGGGUUAAAUUUGUCGACGAGUAACCCUUUUAAUCUCUCGUUUGAUUGGGUCUUAUUUGUAAGAUAUAUGUAUUUACUUAUGUAUUUCAUUAGUAAAAUUUUCAUCUUUAAUUA